AACUAUUUGAAACUGCCACGUUUAAUUACUUUCCCAAUAAAAUACAACAAGAACGUUGAAUAAUGGAGUUUUGGUAUGGCAAUCAACCCUACUCUUUAGCCAUAGGAUCAGUGCAGGUGGCUAACCGGCACCUAACUACGCGUUUCUGUUGUGCACUUCUUUCUCUUCUAUGCUCUACUCCAUGUUGCAUUCGCCUUCUGGAUAAGAUAUAAGCUUCAAUAUAUAUAUUAAGCAUAUGAAUGAGAAGAUGAAUUAAGAAGAUAUAUAUUAAUUAUCGAAGCAUGUGCUGCUGCUCUGAAGACUGUAAAUGCAGGCCACUUGGGUUUCUGUUGGGCCUGCCUUUUGCCUUCUUGUCUCUUUUGAUCUCCCUUGUGGGUGUGAUUGUUUGGAUUGUUGGGUUGAUUUUGACGUGCAUAUGUCCUUGUUGUCUUUGCGUGACCAUCAUAGUAGAGUUUGCUCUGGCGCUCAUCAAGGCUCCUAUUGUGGUGAUGGAGUGGUUCAUCUCCAAGAUUCCAUGUUAAAAUAAUCUUUUUACUUUCAUCUUAAAAUAAUGGUUUGGUA